AAGCUUCCGUAGUGCGAAUCACAUGAACGGUUUGUUGUGGUCGUGACUGAAAACAUUUUGAAACAUGUAGCUGAAAAAGUGCAGUAUUAACGUGACUUUUCUCAUUUCUGGCGAAAUUAAAUUAUCUGUCCAACAAACCGAAGCGUUAUCCGCCGAAGCUUCCUCACAGUGAAAACGGCGAGAGGCUGUUUCUGUGUGACGCUGGGGACUUUUCAGAUAGAGAAGCUGUAACGUUAGCUAGCUACUUUGUUGUGCUUUGAGUUUUGGGUUCGUGUUCAGAGAAGCGUCUGUAUAAACUGGCUUUACUCUGUUUGACCGGCUGACGUCAUGCUCCGGUGGAUUCUCGGUGGUCGGGAAGCUCAGAGCUCAGCGGAGAAAAGCCCUGUGCUGUGCAUUGGAGAGGAACAGCCCAAAAACUGCUUCACUGAGCUGCAGGUGCUGAAAGGACAUUUUGACAUUGUUCGAUUUCUGGUGCAGAUUGAUGACUUCAGAUGUGCCUCAGCAGGGGAUGAUGGCCUUGUUUUGGUGUGGAAUGUUGAGACUGGGGAGAGGCUGCAGGAGCUGAGGGGCCAUUCUCAGCAGAUAACAGCCAUAACCACCAUCACCUGCAAAAAUGAAGUCACACUGAACACCUCGCUUAUCACUGCCUCCUCAGACCGAAGCCUCAGUCUGUGGGACCCUGAUACAGGCAACAGGGUCCAGACCAUUUCAGAUCUUCAUUCUUCUGUAAAGUGUUUGCUGGUGCUCGAGCGACUUUGUGUGUGGCUGUCUGGUGGGGAAGAACUAUGCGUGUGGAACAGAGACUUUCAGCUGCAGUGUCAGCGACCCAACCACAGUGAUACUGGAAUCACAGCUUUGAUUGAACUGCCGAAGAACUACAUAGCAGCUGCCAUGGAUAAAAAAAUAAUGAUCUACAGCUUGACAGUUUCUGCUGAUUCCUCUGUGUCAGUGGCUGAGAUCCGCUGCCUGUCCGACCACCAGGAUCAGAUCCGAGCUCUUAUCAACGUCAAUGACGGGUUCUUCGCCAGCGGGUCCCAUAUGGGCGAGUUGAUCUUAUGGAAUGCGACUGAGUGGAACCUCCUGGCCUAUGAACACAUUCUCUGGGAGGAGUCCCAAGCCUACAAUCAGACUGAAAUACGAAUGGGGGCUCCUAAACCCAGCGAGAUGUCCAUUCAGCACCUGACCACAAAUGGAAAUCUCAUCCUUGCAGCUGUGGGCAGCGGCCUCUACGUCUACAGUAUUCAGACCAGAAGCGUGGUGGCCUACAGGAAGGUUGCCCACGACUCUAAUGUGUUACACACCAUGCUGCUGUCUGACAGUGAGCUGAUGUCCUGCUCUGAAGAUGGCAGUGUGAGGAUGUGGGAGAUCCAAGACUUGCCUUUGCCAGCUGAACCAGCUUCUUCAGGGUUCUUUGGGAUGUGGAGUUUCGGCCGUUCAAACAAACAGUCUGGGCCUCCUUCAAAGAAGGUUAUAGACAUUCCCAACAUUAGGAUGCUGGAGUUGAUGGGAGAUCUGAUUGGACACUCAGGAGCAGUCCAGAUGUUUGUAAGCUUCAAGGAGAAAGGUUUGGUUACAUGCUCGGCGGACCACCUGCUCAUUCUGUGGAAGAAUGGAGAAAAACAGUCUCGUCUCCGCAGCCUGGCCCUUUUCCAGAAAUUGGAGGAGAGGGGAGGACUUUGAUCUUUAUGUCACUGGCUUUAAAAAAAGUUGGAAAGUUGAUGCUUAAUGGUGUUCACAAAUGAUUUGGAUGUUAGUGUAAUGGUUGGUGUUUACAUUUAUUCACUUUGCCUUUGGACUGAAGAUGUGUAUUACCUUAAAUUCUACAAACUGUCUGUAAAUACCUCAUCUUCCAAACGUAACAGUACUUUUGUUUCCACACUGGAGUGUUUGAGCACUGUGAUGCUGACAUAAGUCAUUUUGUACCAAACACAGUCUGUUAUGGUUUUACAUUAGUACAGUCCAAUUCAAUUCCUGUCCAGGCUUUGCUGUAGAUCUACAUUUGUGCCUCUUCAUGUUGUGUAAGUCUGCUUCCAUGUGCCAAGAAGCACUGUUGUGAUCAUCUAGUAGUGCUUUGGGAGGAAGGUUCAGCAGCUUAUACAUGUAAUCAUUUGCACUGUUGUUGCUUUUUUUGUGUGUUUGUUUGGUUUUUUAAUGUAGUUUGACGAUAUGCUUCUUUGUGUUUUUGAGAGUUAUGAGAAUGACUGUGCUUUAGCAGUGGCAUCAUUCAAUAAUGCUUGUAUUUUUCAAAAAUAUUUUCCACACUAUACAUUAUCACUUUUUAAUUAUUGCCAUGAUUAUUCCAGUGUGUCUGGAAAGUAUUUGCAGAACUGGUUCCACAUGUUUUUCCUGUUACAGCCUUAUUCCAGAAUGGAUUAAAUUAAUUUUUACUUCAAAAUUCCACACAUAAUACCCCA